AUGGCUAUUCUUCGGACUUGUACUGCACUUGCAUGCGUUGCUGUUGCCGCAUCGGCCAGACAACUUCCUCUUGUUGCAGAUGAUUCAUACAACCCAGCACCUUCAUCACCGAUAGUCGUCAGCAAUGGAACCAGCAAUGGGACUGUCAUCGAUACCAAGAAACUUCAAGCAGAUAUCGACAUCAACAAGCUGGUUGCUCGUGCUGAAGCACUUUCCAAAAUUGCCGACCUCAGUCUCUCAGAGUAUAACCACCCCACAAGAGUCAUUGGCAGUCAAGGACACCUUGGAACGGUCGACUACAUCUACUCUGAACUAUCCAAAUUGGGCGACUACUACAACGUCACGAACCAGACUUUCCCAGCAGUUAGUGGUAACGUCUUCGAGUCUCGUCUCGUGGUCGGUUAUGAAGUCCCCAAGUCGGCAUCACCCAUGUCUUUGACUCCACCAACCAAGCAACAUGAACCUGUCUAUGGAAAACUCCUUCUGGUUCCUAACGGAGGAUGCUCGGCCAGCGACUUUUCUCGCAACAUGACCGGCCACAUUGCCUUGAUCAAGCGUGGUACAUGUUCUUUCGGUGACAAGUCAGCCAACGCUGGUAAAGCCGGAGCUGAUGCUGCCAUCAUCUACAACAAUGACAACAGCACACUCUCUGGUACCCUCGGCAGCCCCUCCCCGUAUCACAUUGCCACUUUUGGUGUCUCUGCCGCAGAAGCUGCACCUUGGGUCGCUGCGCUCCAGAACGGUACUACCGGACUUGACGCCAUUGCUUACAUUGACUCGACAGUUGACGAAAUCAUGACAACCAACGUCAUUGCUCAGACAACUGCUGGAGAUCCUGAGAAUUGUGUUAUGCUUGGUGGCCACAGUGACAGCGUUGCUGCCGGUCCUGGUAUCAACGAUGAUGGCUCUGGUACCAUCUCACUUCUUGAGAUUGCCACUCAGCUCACCAAGUACGAGGUCAACAACUGUGUUCGCUUUGGUUGGUGGGCUGGAGAAGAGGAAGGUCUGCUCGGGUCAACCUACUAUGCCGAACAGCUUUCUGCUGCUGAGAAUCAGAAAAUCCGCCUUUUCAUGGAUUACGAUGCAAGUCCUCUCAUCCCAAACGGUGUGUUCCAAAUUUACAAUAGUACCAAUGGUCAGAAUCCCGCUGGCUCCGGUGAGCUUCGCGUUCUCUACGAAGAUUGGUACAAGGAGCAAGGUCUCAACUACACUUACAUCGUUUUCGAUGGUAGAAGUGAUUACGUUGGCUUCCUCGACGCCGGUAUUCCUAGCGGUGGUAUUGCCACUGGUGCAGAGGGCAUCAAGACCAAGGAAGAAGCAAGCAUUUUCGGUGGUGAAGCUGGAUCACAGUAUGAUCCUUGCUAUCACGAGCUUUGCGACGACAUUCACAACCUCGACUUGACUGAAUGGGAAGCCAACACCAAGCUCAUCGCCCAUUCUGUCGCCACCUAUGCCAAGUCCUUCGAUGGCUUCCCCAAGCGUGUCGCUGCUGUCGAGGAAAGAUCGCUGUCGGGCUCGAAGAAGAGCACCCCUCAGUUCAAGUACAGAGGCAACGAGCUCAUCAUGUAG